AGUCUCACUUCAGUUCCUUUUGCAUGAAGAGCUCAGAAUCAAAAGAGGAAGCCAACCCCUAAGAUGAGCUUUCCAUGUAAAGUUGUAGCCAGCUUCCUUCUGAUUUUCAACGUUUCUUCCAAAGGUGCAGUCUCCAAAGAGAUUACGAAUGCCUUGGAAACCUGGGGUGCCUUGGGUCAGGACAUCAACUUGGACAUUCCUAGUUUUCAAAUGAGUGAUGAUAUUGAUGAUAUAAAAUGGGAAAAAACUUCAGACAAGAAAAAGAUUGCACAAUUCAGAAAAGGGAAAGAGACUUUCGAGGAAAAAGAUGCAUAUAAGCUAUUUAAAAAUGGAACUCUGAAAAUUAGGCAUCUGAAGACCGAUGACCAGGAUAUCUACAAGGUAUCAAUAUAUGAUACAAAAGGAAAAAAUGUGUUGGAAAAAACAUUUGAUUUGAAGAUUCAAGAGAGGGUCUCAAAACCAAAGAUCUCCUGGACUUGUAUCAACACAACCCUGACCUGUGAGGUAAUGAAUGGAACUGACCCCGAAUUAAACCUGUACCAAGAUGGGAAACAUCUAAAACUUUCUCAGAGGGUCAUCACACACAAGUGGACCACCAGCCUGAGUGCGAAAUUCAAGUGCACAGCAGGGAACAAAGUCAGCAAGGAAUCCAGUGUGGAGCCUGUCAGCUGUCCAGGAGGCAGCAUCCUUGGCCAGAGUAACGGGCUCUCUGCCUGGACCCCUCCCGGCCAUCCCACUUCUCUUCCUUUUACAGAGAAAGGUCUGGACAUCUAUCUCAUCAUCGGCAUUUGUGGAGGAGGCAGCCUCUUGAUGGUCUUUGUGGCACUGCUAGUUUUCUACAUCACCAAAAGGAAAAAACAGAGGAGUCGGAGAAAUGAUGAGGAGCUGGAGACAAGAGCCCACAGAGUAGCUACUGAAGAAAGGGGCCGGAAGCCCCACCAAAUUCCAGCUUCAACCCCUCAGAAUUCAGCAGCUUCCCAACAUCCUCCUCCACCACCUGGUCAUCGUUCUCAGGCACCUAGUCAUCGUCCCCUGCCUCCUGGACACCGUGUUCAGCACCAGCCUCAGAAGAGGCCUCCUGCUCCAUCGGGCACACAAGUUCACCAGCAGAAAGGCCCGCCCCUCCCCAGACCUCGAGUUCAGCCAAAACCUCCCCAUGGGGCAGCAGAAAACUCAUUGUCCCCUUCCUCUAAUUAAAAAAGAUAGAAACUGUCUUUUCUAAUAAAAAGCACUGUGGAUUUGUGCACUCCUGAUGUGCACAUCCGUACUUCCAUCAGGUGUUUUCUAUGUGCAGAACAUUGUCACCUCCUGAGGCUGUGGGCCACAGCCACCUCUGCAUCUUCGAACUCAGCCAUGUGGCCAACAUCUGGAGUCUUCAGUCUCCUCAGAGAGCUCCAUCACACCAGUAAGGAGAAGCAAUAUAAGUGUGAUUGCAAGAAUGGUAGAGAACCGAGCACAGACAUCUUAGAGAUCUCUUGUCCCCUCUCAGGUCAUGUGUAGAUGCGAUAAAUCAAGUGAUUGGUGUGCCUGGGUCUCACUACAAGCAGCCUAUCUGCUUAAGAGACUCUGGAGUUUCUUAUGUGCCCUGGUGGACACUUGCCCACCAUCCUGUGAGUAAAAGUGAAAUAAAAGCUUUGACUAGA